GGAUGCCAUGAGCACAAGGACAGAUGCACAACAUCGAUGUCUGUGCAUGUCUAUCCGUCAAUAUCUUUGCACGCGCAUCACACGCAAUCAAUUUAGAGAUUUAUUUUUGGUCAUUUCGUACGAUUCAAAUUCAAAUUUCAAAACCACCUACGAACGCUUGCAGGACACUGAUUCAACAGCUACUCUUUCUCUGUCUCGCUCGCUCAAACGGGUUUAAGGUUUUUUCCUCAAAGGGUUCUUGCUUGGAGCCAUGCAUCGACGCCGUCGUCACCAUUCCGGUUCGGCAAAUAGGCCUACACAUGAUCAACAAUUAGAAGCGGAACAAAUCCAAAGUUUGAUUGAUCAAAGGAUCAAAGAGCAUCUUGGUGGUGCAGGAUCCCAACAAGUUGGUGCUGCUUUCAACCAGCAUCUUGACUCUUACCCACAGAGACCUUGUCUUCCAGUCAUGCUUCCAACUGGUAUGCCUGCAUAUGGAUCACAAAUGCCCGAAGCCGAACAAACCCAAAGUAUGAUAACUUUGAUUGAUCGGAGGAUCAAAGAUCAUCUUGGUGCUGCAGGAUUCCAACCAGCUGUUAUUCCAGGUUACGGUGGUCAGCCAUUGAGUCCUCCACCAACUGUGCCUGGGGGAACAACCCAUACUUCAAAUGCCCCCCCCUAAUCCAGGAGCUAUGUCUCAAGGAAAUCCAACAACGCUUGUAAGUGGGGCAGUUGAUGGAUAUAACAGUAACGAAGAUGCCUCGGUUUUACAGAGACCAACUCAAGGUAGUAGUACCACCUCUUCAUGUCUUCUUAACAAUGAGCGAGAGUCUUCGUACCUCGCUGAAUAUGUGCGAGAAGCAAAGAACCUAGCCAAGGGAACUACUGUUCGUUUCGGUAGCUGGAAUGUAGGGUCCUUAACAGGAAAGUUAAGAGAGGUAGUUGAUACUGCGGCUAGAAGUGGUGUAAAUAUCUUAUGCGUUCAGGAGACUAGAUGGGGACGCCUGGAUGAGGUGGAGGUGGAAGACACAGGCUUUAGGAUAUGGAACAGAGGAGGAGAAAAACCAAACGGAGUAGGCAUCUUAGUUGACAAGAGCCUUAAGAACAGAAUCUUUGGCGUUACAAGAAAAACUGGGAUCAUCCUAGUCAAGCUCAUAGUUAGUCAUAUGGUUUUGAAUGUCAUAAGUGCGUCUGCCGCACAAGUAUAUGUAAGUGAGGACGCCAAGCAGAAGUUCUGGGAAGAUCUGAAUGGCCUGGUCAGAGGUGUGCCUAGUAGUGAGAGGCUUAUCAUUGGAGGAGACUUCCACGGUCACGUUGGCAGAAGUAGGGAGGGGUUUCACAGGGUGCAUGGAGGGUUUGGGUAUGGUGAUAAAAACCAAGAAGGAGAAGAAAUCUUGAAUUUCGCUUUAGCCAAUGACCUCAUGGUAGCUAACACCUUCUUUAAAAAGAAAGAAUCCCAUAUUGUUACCUUUAUAAAUGGUGAGUACUCUAGCCAGAUCAACUUUUUUCUUGCUAGGAGAGGGGAUAGAAAGGAGUGCAAGGAAUGUAAGGUUAUACCUGAAGGAUGUGUUGUCUCACAACAUCAGCUCUUGGUAUCCGAUUUUGU